AUGAAAGAAAUAUUUAUAUUUUCGUGUUUAACAUCAGUAUUUGUUAUCGUAAUCCCUUCCUUUUUUUUAAUUCAUGAUUCUGCAGCCGCUCAUCAAGCGAGUUACCCCAAUAUACAGUGCCAAAAUCCUAAUGUUGCUCCCUUGGCACUUCCUCCGGCAAUUUCUACACCAUAUCAGCCUGUUGAAGAGGAAAGGAAUACAGAUGAAAUAGAUCCGGAUGAAGUGGAAAAUUGGAUGAAUUCAAUAGAUACAAUAUGGAAUCAGUAUACAAAAGAAUUGGGAGCUCAAGUAGAGCAAUCUGAAAAAAGAAAAGAGCAAGAAUGGAAUGAUUGGAUAUAUAAUUUGAAGGAUCAGUGGAAGGACUUCAAUAAUUUUGUCGAACAAAAAAAAAAAAGGUGGAUCCAUAAAAAAGAACAAGAUUGGAGUGCAUGGAUUAAGCAGAUGGAAAAUAAAUGGAUAACUUAUAAAGAAAAAAUGGAUACAAGAUUGAGACAUGCAUCCCAGGAAAGACCAAUGACACAGUCGGAACUUAGGAAUUUGGAAGAUGAUAUUAAAGAAGAAGUAAAAAAAAGAAUGAUAAAAGAUUAUAAAAGAUGGGUUAGUAUAAGUGAAGCCAAUUUAUAUAAGUGGAUAAAGAAAGAUUGGGAAAAAUGGAAAAAAAAUAAAUUGGAUGAAUGGAAUAAAAAAGAGUGGAAAGUUAGCGAAGAAAAUUAUUGGGCAAAUAAAGAUAAUCAGUUAAUAUGUGGAGAUCAGUUUUAUUUUUUAAAACGUAAGAAGAAAAAUGCAUGGGAAGAGAGAAUUAAAAGAGAAAAGGAACAGUGGAACGCUUUAACAAGAAAGAUUGAAGAAGGAUAUAUAGAUAAACCUCACAACGAAUGGGAAGAAUGGAAAAAUUAUAAAAGUACUUGGUAUUUUAAAUGGAUGAAAUAUUUCCUUCAAAAUUUUGUAUAUUCGAAGCCAAUAAAUCCGUAUUUCUAA